AUGGCAGAUGUUAUUGGAAGAAUUCGAGCACAAGAUGAAUAUUGUGAAUUUUAUGACAUGGCCACACAAAUCCGAAACCAAAAACUACUAACUGACGCAGAGGUGGGCACAGGUUAUGUGGAGGAGCAAGAAAUCAAAUAGUUUUUAGCUCAACUCACUGAACAGACAUCAACAAGAAGUAACGGAUGCUGAAAUCAAACUGUUGACAGAAGCUUGGAAAGGCUCUUGCUGGAAUGUGAGAAUCUAAACGUUGUUAAAAAGAAACACUUAAGCUAUACAUUUUCAGAAUAUUGUGCGACUACUGAGAAUUGAAAAAUUAGAUCCUUCUGUUUCAUGCCGAUUGCUGAAAAACAUUGAUGAAACUGUUGCUCUUCCAGCCUACAAGUAUGUUUAGUCUUCAGUUUUCCCAAAUAGUGUUCUGCACAGACAUGUUGGUCACUAUUUUUCCUACCUUGCUCAACUUUUGUCCGUUCUGUACGAAAAACCGGACUUGGUGGCUGACCUGCUGAACAGCGUUGAUCAGAAUGAUGUGAGUUAGAAAAAUACUGGUUAAAAAAAAAUAUUUUCAUAAUUUUAUCCAAUGUGUUCAUAAUGAACGUCUCAAAGUAUCAAAUAUUGUGAAACAUUUGAGCAUACGCAAAAUAGUUCAAUCUCAAUUUUACUGGCUAGCCCCUUAUGAUACAGUAUUCACGGUGGUUUUGCACUUAACAAAUACAUUUCAGGUGUCAUCGAACGACUGUGUUAUUCAAGUGUUUUUCCAAUUGAUUUAUUCAUGUGGACUAUAUCCCGAAGAUGAGCUCAAGUUAGCAAGAGUGAACGACCCAUUUAAUACAACAGAUGUUUUGAGUUUGUAUUCUUAACAGGUUGUUUGCUACUUGCUAAAAGUGCAACUUCUAAAAUCGGGCUCUGAAAUGAGAAAAAUGCUGAGAAAAGAAACAUCGAUGUCCACACGUUUUUAUAAACAUUUUGUGGAAUUCAUGCACCCAUCAAUGGUUUAUCUAACAAAAGCUCUACGGAAAAGUGUUCUUGACGUGAUUCAGCUUGGUAGCUUUUGGUUGGAUAUCGAUGCAAAACAGGUAAGGCUUUAUUUUCGUUCUGUCGCUCUUUACCUGAAUCUUAGUUAAAAGUGCUAAUUCGCAUUAUUUUUUCAGUCAAAAACCAGAUAUCUCCGUGAUAACAAACAAAAUGCAGACCGUCUGCCUGAAUACAGAGCUUUAGUCGUAUCAAAAAUAGUUGAGCUUGUUGAUACAUUCCUCGAAAGUAUGCCUUGUUUUUUAAACAUUUUUAGUUAUUUCUUUUAUGUUUCAGAUAUAGCGCAGGCAUUGCCAAUGCUUCCACCAAAUCUGAAUUGGAUCGUCAGAGAUGUUUUUUGCUAUUUGUAUGAAGUUGUUGAUGAUGUUUCGGCUGUUGAGGUAGUCUUUUCUAGAACGAGCAUCUAGACCUUUGGUAAAAAUCUUUCAGGUCAGUCACGCGUGCAAGGAUAUGAUAGUUUCCAAUUUAAUUUGUCCUGCAAUUAUAAGUCCACAAAAAUAUGGUAUUGUGGAUAACAAUGUCAAAAUUGGAAGUAUUGUCAAUCAUAAUUUGGUUCAAAUAGCAAUGAUUAUUCAAAUUAUAUCUCUGCGAGAGUUUGAAGCUCCGCCAGAGGAAUACCAAGAGUUUUUGAGUCAAUGCACCGUGAGAAGGAAACAUGUUUUAAUAAAUUAUCAAAAUUUUUCAGAAAACUCAUCUCAUUUCGGACAUGAUGGAUGCAUUGCUUAUUGAACAGUCAGCGCCGGAUGUUGAAAUAACGUCCUUGUUUGCUAAUGAGUCGGCUCAAUCAGAUCAGGCAAGAAAAACAAGUUUUGUCGGUUCUAUUGCGGAUGUCAAUGUUCUGGUAUAUUGCUUACACCGUCAUCGUAUUUCUUGGGAAUAUUUCAGGUGAACCUUGUUAGAAGCGCCAACACGUCAUCAGUUGCAAAAAUAUCGAGCAUUUUAAAUAUCUGCGAAAAACUGCCUGAGACCGUAGUGUCAAUUAACCAAAAAACAAAGUAUACCAGUUCAGAAGUCAGUCCUAAAGUAUCAACUUUUCGGAAUAUUCAUAGAAAAGGUAGAAAACAAGCAAGUAAUUUUUUUUGAAAUUCAAUUUGUUUAAAAUUUCAGUACAACAUUCACUGAAACGUUCGACUGAAUCAUCCAGUAACAACAGUGUCCCCCCUUGUCUAGUGAACGAACCUUUAUUUGAGAAAGAAAACUUUGAACUUUUUUUCUUGGAAUAUUUGCCGUGAGUGAUAACUUCAUGGCUACAGAAAUUGCUACGCAAUGCAAAAAAUACGGCUCUAUCCUGGACGAGCGCUACUUUGGUGGAAUCAGCGGUACCGAAAAAAAUGGACGGUACUACGGGGGAACCAGCGGUACCAUUAAUUGAAUCAACGGUACGAAAACGCGGAACGAUCACUACCAUAGCGGAAUAAGCGGUACUAACGACUUAAAAUAGUUUUCACUCGUUUUCAAAUCAAUUUUUUGUUUAUUCUGUUUUAUUUUGGUUAUAUAAGUGAUGCACAGUCCGUUUCAUAAGUAUAGGGCCACCCCUAAAAUUAAAUAUAUUGUGAUUCCCGAACAAAAUACAAAGACAGGACCUUAAAAAUUCUUCACUUCAACAAUCGGGAGCUCAUAACUCGGUUGAAACUGAUUCGAUUGGCACAAAACUCAAACAUGUCAUGUUUCAAACCUUCCUUAUGAAGUCCUAAAAGUGGGCAAUGUCAGCCUGUAGUUUGGCGCUCAAGCCAGUCUGAUCCUUGUUGGACCUGGUUUUAUUUUGGCUGAGAUUCCACACGCUUUAACAAAAUUUACUUGAAAAUGCUCAAAAAACUUGUCUCAAACAAGAUUUGACUCAAUUGAUAUCAUCGGAGUCCCCCGGCUCCACUCCCGAGGUCCACACAGAACAUGAGGCUAAACCUGGGAGAGUGGCCCCGGGGUCAUUGCACAUGAUUUCAAAAAGGCUUUUUGGACAUCGUAAAGGUGCAAAGAACCCCAUUCAAGAUCAUGUUUAUCAGUUUAAGGGGCUUCCAGAGUGUUUUCAGGGGUGACCCUAUACUUAUGAAACGCUUGCAGUUGCAACAUUUUCAGAUAUUUCAGCACCAUUCCCCAACUAUCCUAUACACUGCUCUCAAAAUUGUUUUCCGGGGGUUAUUUGUGAUGCUGAUUUCGAUUUUUAAGGUCCUGUCUUUGUAUUUUGUUCGGGAAUCACAAUAUAUUCAAUUUUAGGGGUGGCCCUAUACUUAUGAAACGGACUGUAUAUAACAUAACAAUAGGACAACGCCAAUGAAGACAAAAAGAGACAGAAGACGAGCCCUAGUUUUUUUCUGAAUUAGACAGUCCGAUUAAAGUUUCUAGAAAUUUCGGGUCACUUCCGAAGGGCCAAAAAGAUAGAGAGUUUUUGCGAUAAGGUAUUUUGACUAAUUAGCCGGCGGGCUCCCGGAGGAAGCCCCUAUUUCCAUUUUUCGCCGCGAGGAGGCUGCCGCGAGGAGGCAGUCAUGAAGAACAAAAAUAGGUUUGAUGCCGCCCUUUCAGUUUCUGAAGUCGUUCAUUCAGUCAAUGGUACUGUCCAUUCCGUCAGAGUACCGCUCAUUCAGCUAUAGUACCGCUGGUUCCCCCGUAGUACCGUUCAUUUCUUCUUAAUACCACUGAUUCCAUUAAAGUUCCGCUCAUCCUAGAGCCAAACAAAAACACAGACAGUCAAUUCCUGUGUUUUAUAUAUAAGAAAAAUUUCGAAACUCAAUUGUAGACAAAGCAAUUUGGAGAAUACGCCGAAAUUGUUUGAAGCUCCACAUCUUUUUGACUUCUCGCAAACUGAAGUUGAAGACAAUGACAAGGAAAAACACGGAAAAGACGAAGAUGAAGCAAAAAUGGAAAAGCGUUUGUCUAAUGCACCGAAAGAAAAAGCGCAAACUAUAGAAAUUAUACAGCAUGCAUCAUCACAGUUGUGAGUUUCUUUCAAAAAAAAACGGACAAAAAUAAUUUCUCGAAUAUCACUGUAGGGCUUCCCCGGAAUCAUCUGCGAACAACAUUACUUCGAACAAGUCCCAGGACACUCUAGAUAGCAAACGAGGUCUUUCGAAAUUCAAGGGACUGAGCGAUAAAAUGAAGAAAGGUUGGAAAGUCCAGGUUUCUUUAAUUCAAAGCAAUUCUAGGUUUGGCUCAAUCCAACACACUUUCUGACAUUCGGGAACACUUGCGUCGAAGCGGAAAUUCAUUGAAACAAGGACUCGCGCCCAGUAAUAGCGAACAACUACUUUCUGAGGCAAUGCCCGGUCCAAGAGACGACAUUUUGGAAAAGUAUGCAUCUAUUCCUGCUAUCAGGAAGGAGAAGGCAGUUCUGACGAACUUUGUUGAGAUCGAGAAUAAAAGCAUGUACAAAGAACGAGUAGAACCAUAUUACUCUUCGGAUGAUAUUGUCACUUGUAGGUAAGCAGCAAUAAUCUUUUUUUUUAAAUAUAUUUUUGACAAGCCGGCUACGCCGGUGUUACAAAAACCUACAAGAACUACAAAAAAGAUCGCUCCGCUCGCAUGUCUACUAGCUCGACCUUCGGUCUCGCAUGGUCCGCUGGUGGUCGAAAGGUCACAGGUAGGCUGGUCGAAUAGGCGCCUGAAAAAAACAGGCGCCUGCUUUUCAGGCGCCUGUUUUUUCAGGGGCCUGUUUUUUAGGCGUCUGUUUUUUCAGGCGCCUGUUUUUUCAACGGGCCGCCGCGUCCCUGCGUUGAGAAAACAGGCGCCUGAAAUCGCCUGUUCGACCAGCCUAGUCACAGGUAAAAGACGAUGGGAUCCAUAUGCGUUGAAUACGGAGGACGCGUGGAAUAUGUAGAAAUAUUAUUAGGAUUUUAUAAAGAUCCGCUCAAGGAGGCGCGUGGAUCCACUAGAAUUAACACGAGAAAAUUCUCCGUUUUCCGUCCAUGCGCUAUCCACUUUCCCCGAAAACACGGAGCAUAAAAAUGGUCUAACAAUGCUCUAGGUUUGCUUUAUAAGCCCUUGAAUUUUUAGAAUGAUUGCACACUCUCAAAUUACGCUAUUUUCAACUGAAAAUGGUAAAAUGGGAUAAACUUUUGGCCAGCACUGUAUAUGAUUCUAUCCCCCCUCUCUAUAUUAUAUUUUUAAUAGAUACGCAGCUGUGGUAACAGGCAGGCAGCACUUGUUUCAUGUAUAAGGAAAAUAUCCCUUUUUCCUAUAAUGGGGUCUGUAUUGACUCUGUUCUUAUCGGCAUUGGUUUUCUAUGUUGAAACGUUGUUUUUGUUACAGAGCAUUCCAAGACACUCUUCGCAAGAUGUUGACUGUAUUGGGAAAUGUUUCGUAUCUUCCCAGAAUUGGUUAUAGGAAUAAGAAAAAUGCAGAAACGCCAAAAAAAAAGCAUUUGCUUGAUCGAUUUUUGGAUGGAGUUCUAGUUGAAACUGAGCACAGAAGAGAGUACGGACAGGCAGCUCAGUUACGAGAAGUGAAACGAUGCAUUGAACUGUUUGAGAACGCUGGGUAAUUAUUGAAAGUGUAUUUGACAAAUGUUUUGUUUUCAGAGUUGAGAUUUUGAUCGAUCAUAUCAAGCAAAAGGAUAGUGAACAAGAGAACGUGAUUUCUAAUAUGAGAAAAGAAAGAACAUCAUUGAUGCGAAAAUUGAAUGAUAUGUCGUCAUUGGAACAACGAGUAUUACUGUAAGCACACUAUGCCCUCGUUGAGAAGCUGUCAAGAAAUUUCAAGAAGUUUUAGAAAUGGUUGACUUACAAGGGGGCGCAGAAGUCUGACACUGAUCUUUCGUCAAAUUGGAGCGAAUUUAAAUUUUGAUUUUGAUGUAAUCUGCUGCGUCCCCGUGUAGAUUUCAUCAAAUCCUGAACACUUGGAGAGAUUUCUCGAUGUCUGUCAAAAAUCCAUUUAUCGAGCAUGCACACACACGGAGCAUUUAUUUUCCUUUUUUUUCAGAAACAGACUGUUAACAGAGGAAGUUCUUGUUGAUUUUCUGAUGCGAACUUUUUUGGAAACUGGAUUCUAUAAGCAGCAUGCAAUUGGAAAGACUCCUGAGGUCGCAGCGGUUCUCAAAUUUUAUGAAGAGUUCAAAAGUUUGCAAGCACACGAUGAGCGAGCGGAAUUUCUGCAGAACUUGCUGAGAUUCUUGAAAGAACGACUGAUGCAAAAUCAUGAUUGGAAUGUGAGGAAAAUUCAUUUCGAACAAAUAAAGAACAUUUUGGAAUGAGGCAGGGUAUCGAGUACGAAAGCGCUGCAAUUGCGGUAUUCGGCACUCCUCAGCAAAAUUUAACCACAUCUUAAACAAUUUUUAAAUAGAAACUGGUCAAAAAUUGUGCAAACUAGUCCAGAUAAAAAAUUAGAGUGUGCGUUUCGAAAGGGCUGUCAGAAGAUGUGAAGGCAACAUAGAAAAAUAGUUUUUGUGCUAAAAAAAGAAACACCCUGCCAAGAAAGUUUUCAAGUUUUUUUUAGUUUGCAAGUCCGUCGAUGAUUGAAAGAGCGAUGACAACAAUUGAGCGUUAUGUAAUGUUCUCAGUUUAUGACUUGGCUUUUUAUCCUAACCGAGAAGUUGAUCAUCAUCGAGACAAGUAUUUUCAAAUAUUAUGAAACCAAAAUGAUUUCAAGUUUUAGACUUCUACGAGGAACAAUCGCUAAAGUGAUGAAUAUUGUGACGCCUGGAAAUGAUUCUUUGAAAAUCCCAGAAGUUUGCUGCUUAUUCAAAAAAUAUAUAAUUGCAAAAGUUGCAGCAUCUACUUGGAGAGGCUCCGUGGCCUUCAGCGCAAGCGGAGUUAUCUAUGCUCGAUGUUUAUGUUACUGCUCAGGAAAAAUUGAACUGUAUUGUACGAUGCUGUGAUGUUAUCAAUAACUUGAUUGCGCUGUCUUCGAAAAAUGCAGUUGCCUCUGCUGAUGAUCUCACGCCAGUUCUUGUUUUUGUAAUUAUAAAGGUUUGUAAAUUAUACUCCUCAGCCCAUCUUAACGUAAAAACGUUACAAUUCUCAGAUUAUUGUGGAAUACAGCUUUAAAAUUUCCUCUCCAGUUGUUGAUCAUUCUUUUAGUCUUCUCGAUAUUCUACUACUUUUACUUGAGAAAUCUUUCUUAAAGAGAAAACUGAUUUUAUUUAUUUUAUUUAUUCAUUUAUUCAUUCACUAAUAAGUAAGAAAGGGGAGAAAGCGCAGAGAAUGAGGGUGAACUGAAGUUGAACUAUAGAGCUUCUCCGAAAAAAGGCCAUAUAAUGUGUUCCAUUUUCAGGCAAAUCCCCGUUCACUUCUAUCCAAUUUACAAUUUGUCGAAACAUUUGCUGGUGACAAAAUUGAAUCCGGUCGAGACGCUUACUACUGGAUUAACUUCAAAUCUGCAGUCGAAUACAUCAAAACUAUUUUGUGA